UUGCUCCCUGAGCUCGUCAGCAAUCUCGGCUCGGAUGCCUCGAACUACAAUUACGCCGCCAUCAAUGGUGUACUCGGGACGGGCAAAUCGAUCUUCAAGAAAUUCAGGAGGGAUAUGGAGGGUAGCGAUCUCGACACAAGAAGGAGGAUUGCGUUUGAAUUGCCGAAAGGGUUUGCAAUGAAUUACACGGGGCAGCUGGUUGAGUUGAAUCAGCCUCCUAUUUCUCCUGGUUACAUGCAGGUCUUUAUGCUCCUUCUCACUCCUGAACUAUGGAAUACAGAUUCAAAUUUUCCUGCCCUUGUGCGUCUACUUCAGACUUUCCUCCUGAAAGCACCACAUGAGCUUAACCAAGAAGGGAGGCUGAGCCAGACUCAUCUGCAAAUCUCCUGUUCUCAUGGAUCCAGCAGCUGCUUGCCCUUGGGGCAAAAUGCUGGACAGCAUUGUCACACUUCUCUUCAAGCCAGAGGAGCGCAGAAGGUGGGCUAUGCUGCAGCGUUUGUCAAUCUUUACAAUGCUGGGAAGGAGGAUGAUCCUUUGAAGUACAUGAAAGGACCCCAAACAGUUCUUGACGGCUUCACUGUCGAGGCCUUCGGCUAUUUCCCCUGGAAGACGCCAGCCAUUUGGAAUAAAAAUGUAGAUACGAAGAAUAUGAAAAGGAUUAGAGAGAGAGAGGGGGUAGGGACAACUACCACUACGGUGGCCAUGUGCCCACCGCCAGCGGGAUUGACAGGGCAGGGGUUUCCUCUUGACGUCAACAACGGCGACAUCAAUGAAUGUUCGAGGUAUCUUGAGUUCUGUAGUUGGAGUCUAAUUUUGGGGGUAGGAUUGCGAGGAGUUCUCCAUUUUUCUAGCUCAGAGAAAUUUAAGCAUUCUUUUGGGAUUUGUGUGUGUUUACUGGUGGGAAUGGUGAAGAUGAAGCUAGAAGCUUCGUUUUCUAUACUGCUUAUAAUUCUUGUAGUGGAGUUCAUUGGUCAGAAUGGAUCACUGGCCGCCUUCACUCCACCUGAUAACUACCUGAUUGCUUGUGGUUCAACCAAAGAUGUCACUUUCCAAGGCAGAACUUUUGUUCCUGAUUCUGAGCAUCCCUCUCUCACAUUAAAGACUGCAACUUCCAGUGGUAGUAGUAAUGUUGCUACCUCUAAUGCUAGCUUCCCAUCUCCGAUCUACCAGUCUGCUCGUAUCUUCUCCAGCGUUGCUACUUACAGCUUCGACAUUCAGCAACAGGGUCGGCAUUGGAUCCGCCUUUACUUCUACCCUGUUCCAGGCUCUGCCCAGAACUUGACGUCUGCAUCCAUCACUGUCGUCACAAAGGACUAUGUGCUCUUGCACAAUUUCUCAUUCAAGAACUACAACGGCACUUACAUGUUCAAGGAGUAUUCAGUCAAUGUGACUUCAGACACUUUGACCCUUUCUUUCAUUCCUUCAAAUAACUCGGUGGCCUUUGUCAACGCCAUUGAAGUUGUUUCUAUCCCUGAUGUAGUUCUCCCUGACCAAGCUUGGACUCUCAACCCCUCCACCUCUGUUGAUGGCCUUUCUGACCUGGCCUAUGAAACCGUCUAUCGGUUGAACAUGGGCGGCCCGUUGAUCACGUCUGAGAACGACACUCUGGGGAGAGUGUGGGAGAAUGAUGCUGAGUAUCGUCAUGUCAACAACUCUGCUGUGGAUGUUUCGGCCAAUCCUGCAUCCAUAAGGUACCCAGCUGCACUUAAACCCGAGACAGCUCCAAACAUGGUGUAUGCCACUGCUGUAGCCAUGGGAGAUCCAAGUGUGACGAAUGCCAACUUCAACAUGACUUGGGUUCUUCCAGUCAACCCUAACUUCAGGUACUUGGUUCGAGUCCAUUUCUGUGACAUCAUCAGCAGAGCUCUGAACACACUAGUGUUCAACCUUUAUGUAAAUGAUGAUCUCGCCCAAGGCCUCGAUCUCUCAACGAUCACUGGUGGCUUGGGUGUACCAUACUACCGUGACUUCGUCUCCAACUCAUCGACAGAGUCACCAGAUACAUUGAUGGUCAGUGUUGGUCCUGAUACAACGGCAGACAUCACCAACGCAACCAUGAACGGGCUGGAGAUAUUGAAGAUCAGCAACGAUGUCAAAAGCUUGGAUGGGGUUUCCUCAGUGGAGAGUCUCACUCCACAAUCCCACUCAAGGAGCCAUAAUGUAGGAAUCAUAAUCGGUUCCACAUUUGGAGCUAUAGCUGCAUUCGUCAUACUCGGUCUCUGCUGCAUCUGCAGGAGAGCUGGCAAGAAGGCCCCUCGUCAGCAGCAGGGGGGACACUCAUGGCUGCCUUUACCCUUAUACAGCAUCUCCCAGACCAUUUCAAAAAUGUCCACAACUUCACACAAGAGUGCCACAGCCAGCUGCAUCUCACUGGCUUCCACAAACCUCGGCCGAUUCUUCUCGUUCCAGGAAAUCAUGGAGUCGACCAACAAGUUCGACGAGAGCCUCCUUCUCGGGGUUGGAGGGUUCGGGAGAGUCUACAAGGGAACCUUAGAAGAUGGCACUAAUGUUGCAGUCAAGAGAGGAAACCCAAGAUCAGAGCAAGGAAUCACAGAAUUCAGAACAGAGAUCGAAAUGCUGUCCAAGCUCAGACAUCGACACCUGGUCUCUCUCAUCGGCUACUGCGACGAGCGCUCUGAAAUGAUCCUCGUCUACGAGUACAUGGCCAAUGGUCCGCUGAGAAGCCAUUUGUACGGUACAAACUUGCCAUCCUUGUCCUGGAAGCAACGGCUAGAAAUCUGCAUCGGAGCCGCCAGAGGACUGCACUAUCUCCACACAGGCGCAACUCAGAGCAUCAUUCACAGAGACGUCAAGACGACCAACAUCCUCCUCGACGAGAGCUUCGUGGCCAAAGUCGCCGACUUCGGGCUGUCGAAAACCGGGCCGGCCAUCGAUCAGACCCACGUCAGCACCGCCGUGAAGGGCAGCUUCGGCUACCUCGACCCCGAGUACUUCAGAAGGCAGCAGCUGACCGAGAAAUCCGACGUCUACUCCUUCGGCGUGGUCCUAAUGGAAGUGCUCUGCACUCGGCCGGCUCUGAACCCUGUUCUCCCGAGGGAUCAGGUGAACAUCGCCGAGUGGGCGAUGACAUGGCAGAAGAAGGGAAUGCUGGUCCAGAUCAUGGACAAGAACCUCGCCGGGAAAGUAAACCCGGCGUCGCUGAAGAAGUUCGGCGAGACGGCUGAGAAGUGUCUGGCCGAGUAUGGGGUUGAUAGACCGUCGAUGGGGGACGUGCUGUGGAACCUCGAGUACGCGCUGCAGCUGGAGGAGACUUCGUUGGCCGCGGCGCUGACUGAGGCCGACGACAACAGCACGAAUCAUAUACCGGGGAUCGCCUUGACGCCGGUGGAACAGUUCGACAACAGCGUGAGCAUGAUGGUCGAUGGAGGCGGGAAUUCGGGGACCGACGACGACGGCGAAGAUGCCACGACCAGUGCUGUGUUCUCGCAGCUGGUUAAUCCACGGGGGAGAUAG